UAUUACACCGCUACAACGUGUACAAGUAAAACACCCGCUACACGGUUAUGGCAUUUAGUUUUAAUUUCGAUAUUUCCUCGCAGAUGAAACAGUGCUGUAACCAAGACAUUCAGAAGGAGAAAGAAGAAAAUGGAAAUGUAGAUACUGCGAAGAACCAGAGUCAGGUGAAGGAGACCAGUGCACGUAAGAAAGUGAAGGAAGCCCAUGAGCAUAAACCUGCAUCAGAUCUUCUCUCCCAUAUUGAGAACUCAGUCACUGAGACAGUCACUAUAGGUACAUUAUCACCUCUGCUUUUCCUCAAUGAGUCUGUAUUUGAGCAAACUGCCCCUGAACGAGAGGAUGCUGAGAAGGUCCUGUCUCAAACCAUCACCCAAAACUCUGAUCUUAUAACCGGAGUGUACGAAGGAGGUCUUAAAAUCUGGGAAGGCACCCAUGAUCUGCUCGAGUAUGUUGAUGAUGAAGGAGAGAUGUUCUCUGGAAAAAGGGUGCUGGACCUGGGCUGUGGAGCUGGGCUUCUUGGCAUUCUUGCGUUAAAGAGAGGUGCGAGCAAAGUCCACUUCCAGGAUUAUAACAGCACUGUGAUUGAGCAGCUCACCAUUCCAAAUGUGUUCCUCAACUGUGAGGAAGAGGGUGGUGAUGAGAAUAGAGCAAAUGAAGACGGCAGCCCGGCAGCUAAACGAAGAUCCAUGGAGAAAAAUCACGCACUCAUAGAUCGGUGCAGUUUUUUCUCAGGGGAUUGGGUUUCAUUUCUCUCGCUGAUUCAAAGCCAAGACCCCGCACUCAAAUAUGAUCUCGUCUUCACAUCAGAAACGAUCUACAACACCGAUUACUACCCUUCUCUUCACGAUGUGUUUCAUAAACUGCUUGCUGAGCACGGAGUUGUCUAUUUGGCAACCAAGUCUCACUAUUUUGGAGUUGGAGGUGGACUGUAUUUGUUUGAGAGCUUUGUGGAAGCAAAAAAUGUCUUCCAAAUUAAAUCUCUAAGAGAAAUAGAUCAGGGACUUAAAAGGCAUAUUGUUUCUUUGAGAUUCAAGAAAUCACCCUCAUAGUACUGUACUUUCUGUCCUUGUUUGAUCACAGUGAUGUAUGUUUAUACAGAGGCUGUCAGUCAUUAUUACAGCCUUGAAGAUUAAACAAAAAGUCCCUUUAAAAUGUAUUAAAUAUGUUCAUGUUGAAA